AUGGUUGAGAGAAUACAUCGCCAACUGAAAGGAGCACUGCGAUGUCAUGGCGAAGCUUGGUACGACGCACUUCCCCUGGUACUUCUAGGGUUGAGAUCCGCGUGGAAAGAGGACCUUCAAACGACUCCCGCCGAGCUAACAUACGGGGAACCGAUCCGUCUACCCGGAGAAUUCCUCAUCCCAUCGAACCAACAAGCAGCAGCACCGGAAUUGGUGAGAAAUCUACGCGAGCAUUUCCGCAGGAUCGCACCGACUCCCGCUGCACGUCACGGUACACGUUCAACCUUCAUCUUCAAGGAUCUAGCGACGUGUACACAUGUUUUUGUCCGCGAUGACCACUCCGGAGGAUUGGGUAACUACACGAAUCCACCGAUCUCCAUCGACCGACUGAAACCAGCGUACGUACUCCCGGAGGACAUGGACCAGGUCCAAGGACAGCCUCCACCGCCAGACGUACCAGAAGAGCCUCAACAACAACAGAAUCAGCCGCAGCCGAGCACGGCGAACAGGACUCAGAGGCGGAGGAGACGCGUAAACUUCGCGAACAGACCGGCAAUCCACGUCUAUACUGUCUAA